GAGAUGCAGAUUCUCCCCCCCCCCGCUUCGCCCCGUAUUCUAUGCAAUGGUGUUGCCACGCAUGCGGCUGCUGUAAAGCAGAACUCAGAAUGAGCACCGUGCGCAAUCUCCUUUUCUUUCUUGUUAUACCUCUAUAUACCCUCCGGAGGGAGAUGGCGAUUGGUCUGUCGUGUUUUGUGUUUGGCUCCCGAUUGGCUGCUGCGUUUCCUCUCCCUCACUAACCUCCCUCCGUCCUCCUCUUUUUCGAACCUUCAUCAAAGCAGAGGAGAGAGUGAGCCACGCGCACUGCGGAGCUUUCACUUUUUUGCCCCAUUCCCCCUCAAGUUUUGCUGCUGCAGUUCUGCAGCGCGGAGUGCUUUUCACCUGAUUACUCGGAAGCAAGCCCUGUUGAGUCCAGCGGGGCUUCCUGCAGCCUUGGAGUCUCCUGGCUUAAAAAGUUUUGGGGGCAAUCCUAAACCACGCCUAUACUCUGAAGGAAGCCCCGUUGAAUUCAGUGAGGCUUACUCCCAGGUAAGUGGGGUUAAGAAUUGCAGCCAUAGGCUAGAGCAUCUCUACGCCCAGUGCCCAGCACUUCGCAUGUUGGAGUCCAGCCAGCCCCGUUCCCUCCUGGAAGCAGCAGCGCUAUUUCUCCCCAGGAGAGCAACGCGUUCUCCCCUCUCCUUAAAAAAAACCUGCCUCGAUUGCUAGCAAAAGAAGGGAAACAAUUUGUCUAUUCGUGUACAUUUUGGCACAUUGUCAGCUGCAAUCUCUCUAAGUAAUGCCAAGAGGAGCAGGCUUUGAAAAUUGCAAGGGGUCCCACUUGAAAUCCAGUCCUUGAGAGAAGACUUUUGGGAUGCAUUUGCAUUUAAAUCCUUUAUUCCCUUGCCUCAGUAGUUCCUAAUCCUAAACACACCUGAUUGGCAGUAAACCCCAUUAAAUUGAAUGGGGCUUACAGAAUUGCAGUCUGGGCAGAGGAGGCGUUUGUUUACGCUGGAGAAAAGACAGAGCAUCAUUCUAUUUAUAUGAUUCUGAUCUUGCCCCUUCCUUCAAUGACCUCACAUGGAGAGGGGCUUAAUCCAUGUUGCAUUCACAACAACCCUGCGAGAGACUGAAAGAUGGUCAUUCACACAACAUCCUAACUCGAGUGAGGAUUUGAACCCAGAACUCACUGGCCCAAGAGUUCUGUCAGCCUCCCGUUUCUCUCCCCAUUCCGCCACGUGUGUACCCCUUGGACUGACGUUUUAAAACAUAUGUUCCGGUGUGCUGUGGCUUCCUUGGAGCGUCUUGCUAUGGAGAGAGUACGUUGGGCCUUUUCCUAUGGCACCUGGGUCCCUCGCCGUGAGGACUGGUUGCUGUCCAUGUGCGUCGUACAGCCUGAAGAGAGAGAGCGCAUCGAACAGUUUGUCUUCCGGCGCGAUGCCAAGGCUGCAGUGGCUGGCCGGCUGCUGAUAAGAAAAUUAAUUGCAGAGAAGCUGAAGAUUCCUUGGAAUGAAAUAAAGUUACGAAGGACUUCAAAAGGCAAACCUGUCCUUGCAAAUGACUUAAGCAGUGCCCAUUCCAGCUUCAGCUUUAAUGUCUCCCAUCAAGGGAAUUAUGCUGUUCUUGCCGCCGAACCUGACUGUCAAGCUGGCAUUGACGUUACGAAGACGAGCAUGCCAGGGAGUGGUUCAAUUCCGGAGUUCUUUCGAAUUAUGAAGCGGCAGUUUACAGAGGAAGAGUGGAGAGCAAUCAAGUCCAUGAACAGCGAAUGGCUUCAGUUGGAUAUGUUUCAUAGGCACUGGCUUACAUUUUUCUUGAACAUUUUAGCAUUCACAAUCCUUGUCCAAGUUAAAUUAUACAGCGCUAAAGAGAGCUUUAUAAAAGCCAUUGGUGUCGGGAUAGGUUUUGACCUUCAGAGGAUUGAGUUUAAUGUAUCCCCACUGCAACUGGAAGUGGGGAAAACAUAUAAGGAGACAGUUAUGCUCUUGGAUGGAGAAGAAGAGAAGCAAUGGAGUUUUGAGGAAACACGGCUAGAUGAUUGUCACCAUGUUGCAGUUGCUCUGGGGAAACCAGGAGAGUUUGGAGAGAAGCCUUCUGCGGUGCUUUCCUCUGCUGCGACCCAGACUACAUUUACAACACUGACUUUUGAUGCUUUAGUUGCCUCUGCUGCGCCUCUUGCACCUGAAGACCCUGCCUGCUGGGAUAGCUUUUGUGCUAAGCAGGAAUCGCCAACACGCCAGGGUUCCAAUCCAAGAUAAGAGAGGCUGCGUUUGCAAGGAGGGAAGCUGAAAGCACUCACAAAGGCCACACACUGUUCUCCUUUCCAGCAGUUAAUUUGUAUGUUUGGUGGUCUGGGUGGUGGGAAUGCUAAAAUUGCCUUUUGUGUUCUAGUUUUUUGGCUGUUCCGUAUCAAAUGAUUACAUUUUUCAUUGACCUUUUCCAAGAAGACUGGAUUCAGAAGAGGAAAAACUGUUGGGUUUUCUGCUCUCUGGCUGAGUUCAUAUUAUUAUCAGCUGCUGAAUCUUUGUAUUUCAUUUCUGCAAAUACAAUCGAGAGAGGGAAGGAAAGGAUUGAUGUUGGCCGACUUCAAAAAUAUUACAUCAAUCCUGAUUUAAAUGUAGUAUUUUAGUGGAAGAGUUGGUGCAUUUCUAUCUUUCCUCAAGUACCUUGUGUAAUGUUUAUCAGGAGGACUUAACAUGUGUGGCUCUUUAUGCAAUAACCUGAUUAAUGCAGUAGCUCCACUACACCACCAUUUGAAGACACAAAUCAUACAAACAGAACAAUUAUCCAUUCGGCAAUACCUAAGAAGCCCCUGUGCAGUCAUGGUAAGGACAAGGGCACAUGGCCACCAUCCCACCAAAGGGAAGGGCACACUUGUUCAGUAAAACAUGAACCAGCUCUUUAUUGUUUAUUUUCCUGAUAAGCCAUUUGCCAUUUCUGAUUCCUAAAGUACUUGCAGUGAGUAAGUCUGCAAAGUUAUAAUGUGCAUAUGUAGAGUAUUUGGCAAGAGAUGCCUUGGUCAAUGGAAUAAAGCGGUACUAGGACAAAGGUCCGAAUCGUUAAAGCUA